CUUCCACCCUCAACCCCCCAGCUACACAUCACCCACACUGAUGUCACGUGAUUCAUUAAAUAAUUAAUGCGGAGGUUGCGGGACAGAUAUGUAUUCGUCUGGAAUAUCACGGUAAGACGCGGUGCUGCCCCGGAGUGCGCGUGGGUCUGACGUGGAAAAUUCAACUGUACUCUCCAAGAAGAAGAAGAAGAAGAAGAAGAAGAAGAAGAAGGAGAAGAAGAAGAAGGAAAAAAAGGAAAAAAGAACAAACCCCCUAUAGCAACGGAGAGAGAGACAGGGUAAGAGAGAGGGGGAGAAGAGGAGACACUGAGAAUCGCCAACAGAGAGAAGAAGAAGAAGAAGUAGAAGAAGAGAAAAGAGAGGAGGAGAAGGCUGCAAUAAAACAAAAUUUUGGACGGGCGCGGGUCUUACGGCGAGCUGUGGACACUCUGAGUGUUGAGGAAGGAAGGAAGGAAGGAAGGAAGGACGCAGGAAGGAAGGAAGCAAAGAGAGAAGGGAGCUGCAUGAGACGGGAAGCGCACUUCUUCAUCAUCAUCCUCUUCUUCCUUCUCAGUGAAUUAUUCUCACGUCGCGCAGCUCUUCAUAGAAGCUUUCUGGAAGCUGAUUUGUUCCAUCAGAACAGCAAGAAUAAGAACAAGGUCUUUCGGUCAGAUUGCAGGGGGCCGUUGGAGAGACACCGUCACGUGACCCCCGGUACCAAAUGGUCUUCCGGCAGUGGCUCUCAACAAGGACCGGAGCACAAGAAGACGCCGCCACUUCCCUCAGAAAUGCAGAAAACAACAUACUACGACAACUCCUCAACGCUUUUCGGGGGCUACUCGUCCUACCAGGUGCAGGGGGCGGCGGCAGCGGCGGCGGCAGCGGCGGCUGCCAACGGGUUCGGAGGCUACGAUGCCCCAGUCCCGGUGACUCACCACCAACCGGCCUUCCAGUCUGCUACGCACCUGGAUGUAGAUUCGUAUCAGCGCUCCGCCUGCUCCUUACAGUCGCUGGGCAGUAAUGGAGGCCACCAGCAGCAGCAGCAGCUAGCCAAAACCAAGGAGCUGAAUGGCAGCUGCAUGCGGCCCAGUCUACCAUCUGAGCACCACCCCGGCUCCCAGGUGUCCCCACCGCUGCCCCCCAACCCCAGCAACGGUAGUGCUGGAGCUCAGCAGCCGGGGGGCAGUGCUGGAGUCUCCUCAGUCACUAAAUCAGGCACCAAUAAGACAUCCAACUCCUCCUCCUCCACAUCUUCCUCCACAUCCUCCUCUUCCUCCUCACUACCCCCCAACCCGACCUUGGCCAAGCAGAUCUUUCCAUGGAUGAAAGAGUGUCGGCAGGCGACCAAGCAGAAAAACUGUUCACCCAGCAACAACUCUGCCAGCGCAUCAGCAGGAGGUGAGAGUAGCAGCAGCGGGGAGAAAAGUCCAACCGGUGGGUCAUCGGCUUCAUCUAAACGAGCUAAAGCAUACACCAGCGCCCAACUGGUUGAGCUAGAGAAGGAGUUCCACUUCAACCGGUACUUGUGCCGGCCACGGCGUGUUGAGAUGGCCAACUUGCUCAACCUGUCUGAGCGCCAGAUCAAGAUCUGGUUCCAGAACCGUCGUAUGAAGUACAAGAAGGACCAGAAGUCCAAGGGACUGAGCUCUAGUUCUGGUGGACCUUCUCCAAAUGGCUCACCACCACUGCCCAUAGCAGUCCACCCGCCAGCUUUCUGAACUCCAUUGCACCCCAUGGGUGGUGGAGCAGGAGGGGCAGGCUAUGAUGCGCCAGCCCCACCAUCUUUCAACAAGCCUCACCAGGGAGUGUCUUACUCCAUGUCCACUGCCUAUCCCAACGUCCCUAUGAAGGGCUGGCCCCUCUCAGCAGAAGUAUGGAGCCCCAGAUCCAAUUAUGGAGACCCCCAUCCACAUCACGGCCUUGUACAGGCCAACAGUGGCUAUGGGACACAAACCAACAUGCAGGCCAUCCCAGUCUAUGUUGGGGGUGGCAGCUACGUGGAACCCAUGCCUGGUUCUGGGCCUUCCAUGUAUGGGCUAAACCAUCUUGGCCCCACCCUACCGCACCACCAAUCCAUGGACUACAAUGGUGCUGGGCCUAUGUCAGCUUCAAACCAGCAUCAUGGGGGGAGCAGGGCCCCCGGCCCCUGUGACCCACCCCACACCCCAACUUAUACUGAGCUGUCGGCGCAUCACACCUCGACUCAGGGCAGAAUCCAGGAAUCACCCAAGCUCACUCAACCUGUAGCAGAACCAAACCAGGCGGGUUUAGACGGUGGAGGCGCCGGAUCCCGUCGGCUACGCACCGCCUACACCAACACGCAGCUGCUGGAGCUGGAGAAGGAGUUCCACUUCAAUAAAUACUUAUGUCGGCCCAGAAGGGUGGAGAUCGCCGCCCUGUUAGACCUGACCGAGCGGCAGGUCAAAGUCUGGUUCCAAAACCGGCGGAUGAAGCACAAGCGCCAGAACACACACCGGGACGGAGGCGGAGGACAAGAAUCCAGCGACCCCGGCGGGUACGAGCCGUUGGAAGGCGCCGAUGCCUCUUCUCCGUAUUCAAGCCAGCCGCUGGAAGCAUCUGGCACAGGAGGGGCUUCCACGGAGGGCGAGGCGGGGAGCGGCCAUCCAUCGUCGGCCGCCGCGGCCUCUCCCACCGCCUACGCUAAUGACAGCAGGGACAAAACGCAGCCCACGCCGGAGGACGGAGGCUGUUUGUCGGCUCCCGAACGCCCACUGCGGCCUGCAGGAUCUGGUUCCACCGACUCGAACUUCGUCACGACCAAAUCCUCUGACAACAAGGUUUUAAUUCGGUCGGGUGAGACCGGGCCUGUGUCCGGUUCUGGUCCGGACCCGUCGUCCUCCGCCGCCUCCUCCUCCUCCUCCUCCUCCGCCCUCACUGACCUGACGUUCUUUGCCGGGGACCCCUGCCUGUCACCCAGCCUGCAGAGCUCCCUGGACAGCCCGGUGGACUUCUCCGAGGAGGACUUCGACCUGUUCACGAGCACACUGUGCGCGAUCGACCUGCAGAACCUCAAUUUCUGAGAGCGGUUAGACCGGGACCGGACCGGAACCGGCCCGCGUGGACUAACAAUCGAAUCAUCUUUGAAAAAGAAAAAGCUUCUCGGCAACAUUCCUCAAAGACAUUUUCAAUUUAUUUUUGUUCGUUUUAUUUGGCGGAUAUUUGUAGUGUAAGUGAAUCUGAAGAAUUCUUUUCUGAAACAUCCCCGGAUUUUUUUUUUCCCUCGUACAUUAAAAAAAUAUGGAUUAUUUUCUCCUCUUACCCAAAUUCAGGAUUUUU